UUCGUCAACGUUCUAAAAUUUUCAAACCAAGACCUUUCAAGCCAUAUGAUGCUUCAAAACCAUUUGUCAGUCCACUCAAAAAACCUGUCGCAAAAAUUGUUGAAGAAGAUACUCAGGAAAUUCUUCCAGCCGUUGAUUCAAAUUCUACUCAGGAAAUGCCUAGAAUUAUUGUUGAAAACU